AUGAUUCACGGGCGUCAACAAGAACUCUAUUGCAAGACCAGCGUCACCCUGAACAAACGGAGCAAAAAUGUUCUCCUCGUUCCUGGUCGGUACACGUUGGCAUCCCUUUUCUUGUUCGGUUUCACGCUAUUUGAUUGAAUUUUUUCUGAUAGGAUUCUCAUAAAGUUUCAAGUUGGACACCAAAAAUGUUUCAGAGGUUUCCGUAGAAAGAAGAUAAACAUGUUUUUUUUUUGAAAGAAAAUGGAUUUUUUUUUGUCUUACCUCAUGGAGCAUCUAUUUUCCAAUUUCCGUUGCCCUCAAAUGAAUAUGUAUAGCUCGACAAUACUCAAAUUUACGUUUUACAUAGCAUCUGAGGUCCUAGUAGUUCUUCCGAGAUGCUUUAGGUAAAAAUUAUGAAAGAAGACUUUACAGUUUUUUGACCUUCAAUACUGAAAAAAUCAGUGAAAUUUAAUAUUUUCGAGCACAUCGAAAAUCAAACGCGAAAUAAAACUGUUUGACCCGAUUUCACACAGUUUUCGAAGCUAUUCUUCUCCUUAUUGGCAUUUUUACAAGAACCUUGAACUGAACUAUUGAGAAAAUCAGAUAUUCUGCUGGACUUUCAAUAAUUGUGCCGAUUUCUUUAUUCAAACCCAGAGGAAACUUGAGUCCACGUGGCCCCUGAAAGAGUAUCUAGUCUCAACAGUUUCUCAUUCACUCUCCUUAAGAAAUUGGCCUAGGUAAACACCUUUUUGAGAACACUUGGACCACUAUCUCAGGGAAUUCACGCAUUCCCCAGGAAAUUCGAGCCGUUUCGAGCCGCGGCUCGAGCUCUCUUUCGUCACUAUUUUUGUUUCGACGUUGCUCCGUUACGCAGAUCGUUUGCAUAUUCGUAGCGACGGUUGGCAUGCCGCCAGCUUCCUUCUCUAUAAAUACCGAAGAAUAACGCGGAACGUUUCAGACUACAGAAUGUGUCUGUCUGGAUUCACCCAGAUUCUCUAUGGAAUCGCUAUGGUCGGCUGCGCCAUUCUGACCGCCGUUGCUCUUUUCACACCUAGUGAGUUUUACAACCACGUUUUUUUUCGAUUAAAAAUUGGUAAAAACUUCAAUUCUUCUUGACUGAGAAUUGACUGAAUAUUGAAAUAGUCAUUUUUGAAAUAUUCAAAAAAAAAAAAUCGUUUCUUUAAAACCUCAUCUAGGUUAAUAAGCUUUUUCCUGAGUUUUCAAUGAACAAAAUGCCCUCCAGCGUUAUUUUUUUCUCCCUCUAAGCUUUCAAAAAAAUAAAUUUAAAUUUUUGCCUGUCUCUGUUUCCCGAAGUGAUUCUUGAUUAAAAAAACUGAAAAUGAAGUAUUUUUUUAGAAAAAUCUCAUUUUUCAACCAUCUUGAUUUCUAAGACAUUUUUGAAAAAAAUUAGUUUGAUUGGUUCUCAAAAAUUUUUUUCUCUAUAUAAAGUUUCUUAGAAAAAAAUGCUCAUAUACCAAGGAGUUCAGUUCUGAAAUAAAAAAAGGAGAAAAAUUGAAAAGGCAAUUGCAAUGUUCCUUUUUCAGGCUGGAACACCUUGAAAAACGACUUCAACCAUCCAGACGAAUGGAACGGUCUGAUGCCUUGGACUUGUGUCGCCCAUUCUCAAGGGGCCACUUGCCAUGAUUGGUGGGCCGUGAGUUCUCCUACUCUUCUCGCCAAAUAAGAAUGAAGCUUUUUCAAGAAUCUUCCUGGUUGGAUGCGAUGCGUCGUCGUUUGCAUGAUUCUCGCUCUAAUCGUUGAAAUCGUGGCCAUUAUCUGGAACAUCAUUACCUUGUGAGUCAUUAUGUGUUGAAAUAUUUAGCGAGCAGGUCCUGAAAAUGUUUGUUUGAAUAGUAGGUAGACAAACAAAACGUAACAAGCUCGAAAUAGAGGAGAAAAAUGAGAACAAGUGGUAUAAUUUUAGCUGCGCCUGUUGCUGCAAGAAGUAUAUUAUCCACCCAUUGACCAUCUUGGCCGUGAUCGUGACAAUAUUGCUUCUGAUCACUGUCAUCGUCUACGCCGCCAACUACACUGGAGCUUUCUCCAGCCCUAACAUCGAGAAUUCGGUAAGUUAUCAGGAUCUCAAAAAGUUUCAUUAUUUCCAAGUAUUUGGAAUGAUACUUAAAAAGACUUAUGAACCUCUUUUUCUUAGAGAAUCGUUAAUUUCAUUUUUAAACAACUUUUUAAAACGACGUUGAAGAAAAUACGAAGGCCUUUUUAUUAAAGUCGCUCAAUGAAAAACUUUAUACUUACUGAAAAGAACUGUCAUUUGAAACUUUUAGCCACCACAAAAAAUGUCCGAUAGCCCCAAAUGAAAAAGAAACAUAUGUUAAAUUGUGAUUUUUGAGAAUAUUUCGAAGCAAUAUGAGUAGAUUUGCCAAGACCUGACGGAUCAGCCGAAAGCUUUUCAAACUAUUCAGAAAAAAAAGAAACAAUCUCUGACCCUAAGCUUAAAGUUCCUUUCCGAAAACCCCGUUCUUCAUGAAAUCUCACAAUUUUCAGCUCGGCUACUCAUAUUGGCUUACUGUUGGUGCCUUGGUUCUAGCUGCUGCUGACGUCAUCAUUGGAGCUCUGACCGUUUGUCUCGGCGAAAACUGUUGUUAA